AUGGCAUGUAUGCUGACCAUGCUCAUAUGCUGUCCACAUGGAGGGAUGGAGAUGAUGAAGAUUGUUGCAACUAGAAAGGAGUUCGUUGCGGCAGCAAAACAGCAUUUGGAUCUUAGUAACAAUUAUUUCUACCCAAGCGACAUCCCUCAGUCCAUAGAGUCAUUCACCAACUUAAGGUAUCUCAACCUCUCUUGUUCUAAUUUUGUUGGGAGUAUUCCCAAUGAAUUGGGAAAGCUUUCCAAGUUGCAGUACCUUGAUCUGAAUUUCAAUUACUUUGAUGGAGCUAUCCCUUGGCAAAUGGGAAAUCUUUCCAAAUUACAGUACCUUGAUAUGAGUUCCAAUUACUUUGAUGGAGCUAUCCCUUGGCAAAUGGGAAAUCUUUCCAAGUUGCAGUACCUUCAUCUUGGACAAAAUAAUCUUGUUGGAGUGAUUCCUUAUCAACUUGGGAAUCUCUCCAUGUUGCACACUUUGCGACUUGGUGGUUAUGGUUCUAACCUCACAGUAGCCGACAAAAACAAUGAUGAGGCAGAGUGGAUAUCAAAGCUCUCUUUAUUAACAAAUCUUGAGUUGAGCUAUGUGAGUGAUGUUGGCAAUUCUCAGGUGUGGCUGCACAUGAUUGGUAAACUUGUGCCAACACUAACAGAAUUGAGACUCAGCGGAUGUGGCAUUUCUUAUGCCCAUGGCCUUUCUCUGUUUGCUUCUCCUUCCAACUAUUCUUCUUCUCUUGUCACCCUUGAUCUCUCUGAUAAUAAUUUGAACUCAUCAUCAUUUCAAUGGCCCUUCAACUUUAGCUCCAGCCUUCAACAGCUUUAUCUAAGAAAUUGCAGUCUUUCAUCUCAUAAUCUCUAUUAUUUAUCUUCCCAUUUUCAUUUUCCUUCUCUCCUUGUUCUUGAUCUCUCUUAUAAUAAAUUGAUGUCGCUAAUGAUGUUGAACUUUGGCUCCAAUCUUCAAGAGCUUUAUUUGGCAAAUUGUAGCCUUUCAUCAAAUAAUCUUAUCUUCACAUCUUUCAAUCCUAACCUUACUUCUCUUGUCCUUCUUGAUCUCUCUCUUAAUCAUUUGAAAUCAUCAGCCAUAUUCUAUUGGAUUUCCAACUUCACUUUCAAUCUUCAUGAACUGGAACUCAGUGACAAUUCCCUUAGUGGUUUCAUUCCAGAUGGUUUUGGAAACACAAUGAAGUCUCUUGAAGUUCUUGAUCUCUGGUAUAAUAAUCUCCAAGGUGAGGAUUACAAGUAUAUGAGGCCAGAACUCUUUCUUAAAAGCAUUGAUCUCUCUAGCAAUGCUCUAUCAGGAGAAAUACCAAGAGAACUUGUGUCUUUGUUAGGAUUGGUUUCUCUAAACCUAUCAAGAAACCAGCUAAGUGGAGAGAUACCUAUAAAUAUCGGGAAUCUAGAAUCACUAGAAUUUCUCGAUAUGUCAAACAAUAAAUUAUCAGGCCCAAUUCCUUCAAGCCUUGCUAAUAUUGAUCGCCUCAGUGUGUUAGAUUUGUCAAACAAUCAUCUCUAUGGGAAAAUCCCAAUAGGAACACAAUUGCAGAGCUUUAAUGCCUCAUCUUACGAAGGAAACCUUGAUCUUUGUGGAUCACCACUCAACAAGAUGUGCCUAGAAGAUAAUACGCCUCCACCUCAAGAAGCCAAUCAUGAUGAAGAAGAAGAGGCCUCAUUGUUCUCUCAAGAAUUUUACUUGAGCAUGGGAUUGGGAUUCGUUGUUGGAUUCUGGGCCAUUGUAGGACCGUUGCUCUUCAACCGAACUUGGAGACAAGUCUAUUAUAGGUUUAUGAACACAGUAACAGACAAAGUCCAUGUCAUGGUUGUAGUUUAUGUGGUUAAAUACCUUACCAUCAGAGACUAG